AUGAGCGUUCUCAAGCAAUUUCUCGCCCAGGCGAAGCGAUCGCCCGUCAAAGGCAUCGUGCUGGGGAACCAGCUGGCGGACAUGGACCUGGCGAUCAGCGCCUUGGCCUACGCGUUCUUUCUGACCCGCCACGCCGACCCCGUGGUCCCCAUCAUCAACGUCCCCCGCCACGACUUCCGCCUCCGGCGAGACAUUGUCGAGUGGCUCGCCAAGUUUGGCGUCGCCGAGGAUGACUUGUGGUUUGCCGACGACCUCGAGGCGCUCGUGGCGCCGUCGCCGCGGCUGGUGCCCCUCCACUUGGUCGACCACUGUAACCUCCAAGGCCCCGAGAUCAUCGCGUUGGUGGGCGCCCACAAGUUGCUGGUGGUGCUGAUCAUCGAUCACCAUGCCGACGAAAAAGUGUUUAUCGACGCCAACCCCCGGGUCAUCGGCGCCGCCGGGCUGUGUUCGCUGCGGGUAUGGCACUACUGGCACUCGGUGUUGGGCGCCGAGGCGGAGGUGCCCGAAAUCGUCGAGUUGUUGAUGGCGCCGUUAUUGAUCGACACCGGCAACAUGACGCAAAAAGUCGAGGAUGUCGACCGCCAGGCGCUCGCCGAGUACGACGAGAUCUUGGCGCGGCCGACGACGCGGCUGGUGGUGGACUCCGUCGCCGCCAUCCGCAGCGACAUCUACCCCAAGUUGAAGCUGGCGAAGAAGGAUGUGUCGGGGUUUCUGUUUGAAGACAUCCUCCGCAAGGACUACAAGCAGAAUACGUUUGGUGAUUAUACUAUUGGGUUCUCGUCAAUCGGCAAGCUGUUUGAGUGGAUCAGGAAGACGUUCAACGACGCCGACAUCGUCGGCGAUCUCGACGGCCUCGCCACCAAGUUAGGGUUGGACUACGUCAUCAUGACGUGUCUGUACUCCGACAAGACCACGGGGGAGCACCGCCGCGACUUUGGCGAGUACCACGCCGGCGGCAAGCCCCUCGACUGGACCCACGCCAUCGACGUGCUCCGGUUGGCGCCGUACCCGGAGGUGUCGUUGCCCCGCGUCGACGUGUGGCACCAGCACGACGUCAACGCCACCCGCAAGACGGUGGUCCCCGUCGUCCACGACACCGUAUUGAAGUAUCAGAAGUAA